AUGUCUUCCAACUUUCGAUUGCUGAAUUUAGUCAAACCGUUUCUUCCGUUCCUCCCAGAGGUGAAACAGGCGGACAGAAAGAUUCCAUUCAGAGAGAAGGUCUUGUACACAACGGUCGCGUUGUUCGUGUUUUUAGUGUGUUCGCAAUUACCUUUGUAUGGUAUUUCAAACACGAGCGGGGCGGAUCCUUUGUAUUGGGCGCGGGUUAUCAUGGCUUCAAACAGAGGAACAACCAUGGAGUUGGGGAUAUCGCCGAUUAUUACCUCCGGUCUCGUCAUGCAGCUGUUGACGGGGAGUAAAAUUAUCGAUGUCGAUCACUCCUUGAAAGAGGACAGAGCUUUGUUGGACGGCGCGCAAAAACUCCUCGGGAUUUUGAUCACCAUCGGUGAAGCCGUGGCGUACGUAGCCUCGGGUAUUUACGGUGAUGUUCGUGAUAUGGGCAUGGGUAACGCGUUUUUGAUCGUUUUGCAGUUGUUCAUGGCUGGUUUGAUUGUCAUUUGCUUGGACGACUUGUUACAAAAAGGCUACGGUCUGGGUUCAGGUAUUUCGUUGUUUAUCGCGACGAACCAGUGCGAAUCGAUCAUCUGGAAAGCGUUCUCGCCGACGACUAUUAACAGUGGCAGAGGAACCGAAUUUGAAGGCGCAGUCAUUGCCUUGUUUCACUUGUUGCUCACGAGAACGGACAAAGUGAGAGCGUUGAAAGAAGCGUUUUACCGUCAAAACUUACCAAACAUCACGAACUUGAUGUCCACGGUUUUGAUUUUUCUCGGCGUGAUUUAUUUCCAAGGCUUUCGCGUGGAUUUACCGGUUCGAUCGAAGCGUAACCGUGGGAUGGUCUCGAACUACCCGAUCAAAUUGUUCUACACGUCGAACAUGCCAAUCAUCCUCCAAUCCGCUUUGGUGUCCAACAUGUACUUCAUCUCGCAGUUGUUGUACAAAAGAUACGGAGGCAACUUCCUGGUCCAAUUAUUGGGGAGAUGGCAAGAAUCCUCCGAAGGUUCUGGUCAGUUAAUGCCAGUCGGUGGAUUGGUGUAUUACAUUUCGCCGCCGACGUCUUUGGCGGAUAUUGCGGCGAACCCGUUACACGCGGUGUUUUAUCUCACCUUCAUGCUCUCCGCGUGCGCGUUGUUUUCCAAGACGUGGAUCGAAGUUUCUGGGUCUUCCGCUCGUGACGUUGCGAAGCAGUUGAAGCAACAGCAAAUGUUUAUGACGGGUCACCGUGAGUCGAGUUUACAAAGAGAGUUGAACAGAUACAUCCCGACGGCGGCGGCGUUCGGGGGCAUGUGCAUCGGAAUGUUGACGAUUAUUGCAGAUUUUAUGGGCGCAAUUGGAAGUGGUACGGGUAUUUUGUUGGCGGUGACCAUCAUCUACCAAUACUUUGAAACGUUUGAGAAGGAAAGAGCGGCGGAAAUGGGCGGGUUCGCGUUUUAA